AUGACAUGCGCGUUAAAAAAGCACAGACGGCUGGCUUGCGCUAAGAUAAGCUGUAGCUCAUCAGCCCAGAACUUUCUUAUCAGUACCAAGCUUGGUCUUGUUGAACAGGACACCUUUGGCCUUCGCAGAGCUAUUCCCAUCUCCCAUCCACAAGGGACCGAAGCACAAUGCUUUCUCAUGCCGGCGCCGGCGGACUACCUAUGGGCAGGCUGCACAUGUAAAGUAGACAUGUGCAAUGCGGUAGGUGAUACCACAGCCCCACACGCUGUCAACCGCGCGGGGCGUGGCCUAAUAUACGGAUACGUACGCGUCCCUGGAUUCGCACUUCACAGAUUGGGGCCUGACUGA